AUUGUAUCACAUUUUCGCGACACAAACUCAAAUUGCGUCGCAGCCACCAACGAAACUAGUCGCAUUCACCCGCAGUUAGCGGCUUACCCAGCCAAUAACCGCCAAACCCUCUCAUGACAGUCAGUGCCUUCCCAAAAUAGCGCGCCGAGCGAGGACCACGGCCCCAACCCAGAAUAGACGAGCCGUCAUCCCUCCACCCACUCCAAACACUUUGUGCCACUGCCGAGGCAACCCCCGGAAGUGAUCGACCUCACGUUGCUUCGCCAUGGCAUCCUCACUCACGGUCGAAACACUUCAGCAACCCAAAUCGCGAAGCGUGAGCAAAAACAGCUCCAUCAACAGCCUCUACACCGAGGGCAGCAAUGUCGAGAGCGGCUACAUGUGCGCGCUUCAGGAGUGCCUACUUGCCGAGUGCGCCAACCUGACCAAAGACAGCGACUGGCAGCAGGCCCUGGUCCUCGAAAUUGGCUGCGGCUGCGGCGACACUACGAGGCAGCUCUCCGACCGCCUGGCUCCGCUGCUCAUCCGCGGCGUUCUGGGCAUAGACACCAACCAGGAUGCCAUCGACUACGCUUUCUCGGUGCAUGCCGACGAGAAGACAGACUUCGCCACGGCCAACGUUGAAGACUUGAACACAUUCGAACUUAAAUGGGGCGGCCGUUUUGACUGGUUAUUCUCGUCGCACGCGCUGCUUUUUGUGAAGGAUCAGCCCAAAGCACUCAGGAAUUUAAUGUGGUGUCUGAGGCCAGGCGGUCGAUGCUUCAUCGCAGUGCCUGCGGCAAAGCCUACCGAUCUUCAUUCAGCGGUUGUUAAAGUGAUACAAUCCUCAACGUGGACCAAGUAUUUCGAGACAAUUCCUGAGCUGGUUGCAGACAUGGCUGAUAAGAACUUCAAUCGUCUGUGGUUCCAUCACCCGCAAGCAGAUCGCAUAUAUUCGGCCCUCCUAGAACAAGUCGGCUAUGAAGUGUUGAAGACUAAGCAACUGGAAUUUAAAUACAAUUUUGCAUCAACUGCAGAAUAUAAAGAAUUCCUUGAGACAAUGUUUGCAAAGCCCAUUCAACUCAUACCAGACACAAAACGGCCAACAUUUGUUCGUGAACUCGCAAAGGCUGCACUAAAGAAGAUGAAGAAGAACAAAGAUGGCACGUACACUUGGAUAGUAAAAUAUGUGCUUGUCCUAGCCAGACGGCCAGAGUUACUUUAAUUUUUUGUACAGGCAACAUCAAUUCUGCCUUUGCUAAUGCUAAAGACAUAUACACAACGUCAAAACUAUUAAUGCAACUGCAAGGCUGGCAUUUACUCUUGUACUAUGCUCCACUGUCAGCUUUGCAAGUUUAUGUAAAGUUCAUACAUAAGUGUUUUAUACUUAAUUGCAUUUCAUAAUAAUGUAUGGCUAUCCCUCCAAUUACAUACAGCAAAAGCACUGUUGUUGGUUAAAAGAGCAACAAUGUUUCCUGGAGCCAAAAAUGUAAUGCUACUGUAGAACUAGACAGGCUUUUCAAUAAGUCAUGUUUGUAUGCUUUUGGUUUCAAUAAAAGUGUUCCAAAGAUCC